GGAACCUUACAAGAAUAGAGAGAAAAGUCAAAAAUAAAAUCAAGACUUUAACAUGAAAAACUAGGUGAAUGGUGACGCCAUUGACAAGAUUAGGAAUAUCAAAUGGAAGAACAUUUUGAGGAGAUAAAUCGCAAACAUGAUACCAAGAAGAUCCCCGAAGCCUCUGUAUGAUUUGGAUACACUGCAUCAGACAGAAUCUGAUAUUAGAACCUUUUCCCACCACUCAUUUCAUAUUGACUUCACUACAAGGAGAGGCAGUAGGGAGAAGCAGGAAGAAUUCUAACAAGCAGGAGCCAAGAAGAUGCCAGGAUCAUACCUAAACUUAGAUAAGAAGAAACAAAAAAGGUUUUCUUCUGAUAGGACUGUAAAGCAGAAAACCCCAGCAGAGAAGGCAGCGAUGACAGGAAAUGUAUCCAGGGAUGGAAUCAGUGACAAGAAGUCAGACCCAACAAAGCUGAAAGCCCAGUCUGGGGAAGAACUCAGGAAACAGAGUCAAGGGAAAAAAUAUAGCGUUCAUGGAUUGUCCACAUUACUGAAAAUGUACCCAGAUGCCUUUCUGCGCAGGGACCUGGCUGCCUUGAGUCUGAACCAGGCAAAACACUACUUGCUUUUUGUGGAACCUAGGAAGAGUAUUGUUGACAAGGAAUCCACUGAGAGCUACAUCAGCUGUCCAGACUCCAACCAGUUGGAGCUGUCUCCUGAGGCAGAGGAGGAACGGCAGAACCACCUCAUUGGAGUGCUGAAGGCAUCUGAAGCCAGAAGUCGAGUCCGAGCACUACGACUUAGAUACACACGGAUGAGGGCUGAAGAGAUAAAGCACCUGAUCAGCAGGCAGAAAAAUGCCCGAGCAGCGAUCCGACUUGAAAUAUUCUUGCCUCCUUAUCUGAACCCCACGAAGAUUCCAGACUGUCUGGACAGACGUGAGAGACAUCGAGUGGAGGCCAUCCUGCAAGAAGACGGUGGCCAUCCACUGUUCAGAUGAUUUGGAGGAGCCAGCUAGGACUAAUUUCCCUGACUACUUCAAGCUCUAGCGUAAAAAAAUAAUAAUAAUAAAAGAGAGAGACACAAAAAGAA